UUCCCUUGCCGCCCCCUUCGAGCGGGCAGAGCCUGAACCGCUUGAACUGAGAAGCGCAAAUCCUGACGUCAACAAACGGUUUUCGAGCUGCUAUAAUCACCACUCACAAUGCUGCCCCGACAACGUGUCCUGCGGUUACCCGCGCCGACAAGCCCCAUCUUCUUCACGCCGCCGAGAAGGCUGAGCACGUGUUCAGUCCCGGUAUCAAUACGACAUAGACGUAAUGCUGCGCCACUGCGGCAGAGCUCCCCACGGGGCUGGCCUCUAUUACUUUCGACCUUCUCGACGUAUACUUCCCUCGGGAAGCGGAAGGAUGGGUUCUUCGACGGGCCUGUCGAACCUCUUUCAGAGGAGGAGAAGAAAGCGAACGUCGAGAAAUCCGAGGCGGAGGAAAAGGAAGCCACCAAGUCCAAGACUUCCAGCUCCGACGCGACAUUCAACAAUAACGGGAAAGGCGCGCCAGAGCCGACAGACGGCAAGGGGAGUGCUGCCAGUGGUGCCUCGUCUGGUUCCGCGGGAGACGACUCGGGGUCAAGCGGCGGCAAAAGGGGUCGGAAAAGCGACAAGGCCCUCGCGAAGCCCGUCGUACCUGAGAUUUAUCCUCAAGUCCUAGCAAUUCCCAUCGCCAAGCGGCCGCUCUUCCCGGGCUUUUACAAGGCCAUUACAAUCAAGGACCCUAAUGUCGCCGCUGCGAUCAUGGAGAUGUUCAAGCGGGGACAGCCGUACGUCGGAGCCUUCCUUUUCAAGGACGAGAAUGCCGAUGACGAUGUGAUCCGGAACCCAGACGAUGUCUACGACGUCGGGGUCUUUGCACAGGUCACCAGCGCAUUUCCAAUGAACUCGCAGGGUAGCGAAGGCGGCCUGACGGCGAUUCUUUACCCUCACCGCAGAAUCCGGCUGUCUUCGUUGAUCCCUCCAAGGGGCGCGGAUGCCUCGAAACCUUCGCCCGUACCAGAGCCUAUACCCGAGCCGAUUCCUGAGACGCCGGACGAGGGAGAGCCGAAAGGAGACGUGGUUGCGAGUUUUGAGGAGAGUGCUGUGGAGCAGAAGCCUGAGCCAUCCAAGAAACUGCACGAGGUGACAUCAUUCCUGAAGAAGUAUCCCGUUAGCAUCGCCAACGUCGACAAUCUGACCGAAGAACCACACGAUCCCAAGAGCCAAGUCAUCCGUGCCGUUACAAACGAGAUCGUGAACGUAUUCAAGGAGGUAGCCAGUAUGAACAGCCUGUUCAGGGACCAAAUCUCUACCUUUUCCAUCAGCCAAUCCGCCGGCAACGUCAUGUCUGAGCCGGCCAAGCUCGCCGACUUUGCCGCCGCUGUCUCGGCGGGUGAGCCUGCUGAGCUUCAAGAAGUGCUGGAAAGCCUGAACGUCGAAGAUAGGAUGCACAAGGCGCUCUUGGUGCUCAAGAAGGAGCUCGCGAAUGCCCAACUACAAUCAAAAAUCACCAAAGAUGUGGAGAGCAAGAUCACGAAACGGCAGCGCGAGUACUGGCUGAUGGAGCAGAUGAAGGGCAUCCGGAGAGAGCUCGGUAUCGAAUCGGACGGCAAGGACAAGCUGGUCGAGAAGUUCAAGGAAAAGGCAGACAAGUUGGCCAUGCCGGAAGCGGUGCGAAAGGUUUUUGACGAGGAGCUCAACAAGUUGGCGCACCUGGAGCCCGCCGCGUCAGAGUUCAAUGUAACCCGGAAUUACUUGGACUGGCUGACCCAGAUACCCUGGGGCCUGAGGAGUGCCGAGAACUUUGACAUUCAGAACGCCAUGAAGGUGCUGGAUGAGGAUCACUAUGGGCUCAAGGAUGUCAAGGACCGGAUUUUGGAGUUCAUCGCGGUCGGCAAGCUACGUGGAACUGUCGAAGGCAAGAUCCUUUGCUUUGUCGGACCUCCUGGCGUGGGCAAGACGAGCAUUGGCAAGUCCAUCGCCCGCGCGCUUAACCGCGAAUACUACCGGUUUAGUGUUGGUGGUCUCACCGACGUUGCCGAGAUCAAGGGUCACAGGAGGACGUACGUUGGUGCGCUGCCUGGCCGUGUCAUACAAGCCUUGAAGAAGUGCAAGACUGAGAACCCCCUAAUUCUCAUCGAUGAAAUCGACAAGAUAGGGCGAGGGUACCAGGGAGACCCUUCCUCUGCACUGCUCGAGCUUCUCGACCCGGAGCAGAACAGCUCGUUUCUUGACCACUACAUGGACGUUCCCGUCGAUCUCUCCAGGGUCCUCUUUGUCUGCACGGCUAACAUGACCGACACCAUUCCCCGGCCUCUUCUCGACCGCAUGGAGGUUAUCAGGCUGUCUGGUUACGUCUCGGAUGAAAAGAUGGCCAUCGCCGAGCGGUAUCUCGCCCCCCAGGCGCAGGAGCUGGCUGGGCUGAAACAGGUCGAUGUGCAAAUGAGCAAAACUGCAAUCGAGGAGCUCAUCAAGUCAUAUGCCCGCGAAGCCGGUGUCCGGAACCUCAAGAAGUUGAUCGAGAAGGUCUACCGGAAGUCUGCGCUGAAGAUAGUCCAGGAUCUCGGGGAGGCGGCGCUGCCUGAGGCCAAGGCUCUCACGGAUGAGGGCAAGGCAGCCCUGAAGGAGUCGGAGAAGCAGGGCAAGACGGAAGAAGCCGGCAGGGAAGCAACCGAGAAGGAGACCACCGAGCAACCCAGGCUGCCGCUCAAGGUUCCCGAGAGUGUGCACGUCGUCAUCGACAAGGACAACCUCAAAGACUAUGUUGGGCCGCCCAUCUUCACCUCGGACAGGCUGUAUGAUGUCACGCCGCCGGGUGUCACCAUGGGCUUGGCCUGGACACAGCUGGGCGGCGCCGCCAUGUAUGUUGAGGCUAUCCUCCAGGCCGCUCUGAAGCCGUCCAGUCGGCCAUCGCUUGAAAUCACGGGUAACCUCAAGACGGUGAUGAAGGAGUCGUCGACCAUCGCCUACUCGUUCGCCAAGUCCUUGAUGGCCAGGGAGUUCCCAGAAAACCAUUUUCUGGAAAAAGCUAAGAUCCACGUGCACGUCCCCGAGGGCGCGGUGCAAAAAGACGGGCCGUCGGCCGGCAUCACCAUGGCUACUUCGCUCCUGUCAUUGGCCCUCCAUACGCCGGUCGACCCGACUGUCGCUAUGACGGGCGAGCUGACGCUGACUGGCAAGGUGCUCCGCAUCGGAGGGUUGAGGGAGAAGACAGUGGCGGCGCGGCGGGCGGGCUGCAAGAUGAUCAUCUUCCCGCAGGACAACCUGUCUGACUGGCUGGAGCUUCCUGAGAAUAUCAAGGAAGGCAUCGAAGGCCGCCCGGCGAGCUGGUACUCGGAGGUGUUUGACCUCAUCUUCCCCAACCUGGACCGCGAGAAGGCCAACAGGUGUAAGAUUUGCGGGAACAAGAAGGACGGCGAGGACAAGUCGGAUGAGUCGGACGAUAAGAGUGACUAAACCGGCAUUUGUCGUGGAGAAACGGACGGGAAGAGCAACCAAGCCCUAGGCCCAGUGUUCCUCCCCCUCCAUCCACGUUCCUGUGCCAAUCAAUGGCAGUGUCCCAUGGCCACGCGAAUGGUAGCGUCCGAGUGCGAAUGCACGCGGGUCCAUGCCCUAACAGCGCGGGAUGAGGGGUAUCGGAAAGGAGGCGGCUGGACUGACUGGCGGAAAGCGAUGUCGAGUGAAGAGGGGUCUCCGGCCAAAGAUGUGAGUUUGUAAAGACAGAUCGGGCAUGCCGGGGCAUUUGAACC